AUGACGACCCCGAGGGACGACACAGAGGCGGCAGCAACGUCCAGCGACGUCUCGAGUCUCUCGACCAAGAGAUCCGACGACGACGCGAAUGGGAUUUCGACCGAAUCCGUUGCGGUUGAGGAGCCCACCGCGUCUACUGUGACCGGUGAAGAUACGGAGGAGACAGAGGAGACGAAGGCGAUGGACGCGGACGCUGGAGCCGUGAUAGAAGAGCAGCAGGAAGAGGAAGACGAGACGGAGAAGAAGGAGACGAUACAGAAGCAGGUGGAUCCUGAAGACGAGAUCUCUGGUGCUGCUACGUCUGCUACUACUUCUGCUGCUGCUGCUGCUGCUGAUGAUGAUGAUAGUCAUGUGGGAGAGAUGGAUACGAUGGCGGUGCUUGAAGCGCCGGACUAUGAAGACGAGGACGACGAGUUCCAUGAAGCUCUGGAAGAUGGCAUGGAUUUGCUGGAAGACGAUGGGGCUAUUCUCGAGAAGCCAACGGUCCCACCGACGAUGAACUUUUCCGUGAAUGAGAUGGAUGUGAUUACGAAUCGAGAAGGACGAACAGGUAGUUUGUCCAAGUUCUUAGACGACGCUGAUACGUUUCGUCGACGGUCGUUGCCGUCGUAUCCGGAUGAACAGCUUUUCAUGAGCUCAAUGAACCAGAAACCAAUGACGUUGACAGCGCUAUUGGAGAUGCAGAUUGACCCGGUGCUGGAGAUUUUAGAAGACACGGACUCGGACAUUCGACUCUGGCUUAUGCAGCCUGAGACGGUGAAACAAGUGCUCGCGGCGUUUGUCACUCCGCCUGUGCUGAGUGGAGAGCCGCAUGAAGAGUACGGAUACUACAAGAAGCAUUUCUUGUGCUCGGAGGUUAUUAUGAAGCUGUACACAGGUGAGGAAGACUUGUACGAGUCAUUUUCCUCGGACUCGAGUUCAGGAUCAACUGCAACCACAGCUGUCUUUGGUUGUCAGGAGCAUGGGGAUAUUGGCAAAUGGGAACAGCUCUACUCAAUUUUCGAGAACCCUGUUCCGCUGGAUGAGAUGCAGCUUCUAUUUUUCAGCAAAGCGCUCGUGCGUCUUCAUGACGGAUUCUGCCUUGAGGAAGGCUAUGUUAGUAAUGUGCUGAAGCGUUUCUUGCCAGUUGUCAUCCCCCACCUCUACUCGAACACCAUUAAGUACAUGCUCACUCUCAUCUUGCAGAGCUACGAGAGUGUGCAUCCGAUUACCGGACGGAAUGAUGCCAUGGAAAUUGCAGCACCCUUGAUUGCUAAGGCUACCCGCGUAAAUCCAGGAUCACCCGAAAACCUGCUGCUUGUCGAAAAUACAACUAACCUUUUGGUCGACAUGCUUCAAGCAAACCAGGCAGAUCGAUUGGGCGCAUUCAGCCGCCGUGAGGGUGGUGUGUACCUUUCCAAGUACUUUGUGCGCGACCAGUUUGGCACGAUUCGUGGUUUUGAGUCAAUGACGCAUGGCUAUCACAAUUUCCUUCAGUAUAUGCUUUUGGAGGAGAUGUCCAAGCAGCCAGUUAUUAUAGAGGAGAUGUUUCAGAGUGCUUUGGAUGAGCUCGAUGUCAUUCGGGACAAGAAUUUGACUGAAGUGUCUAGUGCGCUGAAUAUUCACGUGGCGGGUGAACUGUUGUGUCUGUGCCAAAAGCUUUUGAACAAUAGCGUCGAAAGAGAGGAUGACGGUAAUCGAUUAGCGGAAACUGAAGUCCAAAACACUCAGAUGUUUGGGUACUCGAGCUUUUCAUCGGAGCAAUACCCGAACUCACCACAUGACGCUACCGACACAUCCAUGUACAAUUUGGCGUCGCUGCCUUGCGGCCAAGCACUCUGGACGCAUGUGCUCGAUAUGGCCCGGAAAACGUGUGGUUUGUUCGUAGAGCAGUUUAAUAAGGGGCUCCCACCUUCCGUAGAAAUCUCGUUGGCAAAGUAUUUGAACAAUUUGGUGUUGCUGAACGAUGCAAGUGUGGAUGAGGAAUUGCACAAGGGUGGACUCAUCCAGGCUUAUCUUUCCAUUCUCGAGAACCGGUCAUCGUUCGACAUGCUCAUUAUCCACAUUGUACCAGCGAUUUCGUUUCUUCUUCGAGAUGUCGAUGCCUCUCGAGCAAAGAAUUGCCCACUGACGAGGGAUCUCUUUGGUGUAGACAUCGACGUGCCUGAAAACAUUAUUAGUCUGUUGCUGCGUGCAAAAGUCGACAUUCCGUCGCUUGAUAUUUAUGCCGCUAUUCUGCACGAUGUGAUUGAUGAAGUUUUUACAAGCAAAGCGCCGUCUCAAAAUAAUGCACAGGUCGUAUUCCAUUGUAAGCGUAAUCCUGCAUGGGCGAAGCUAUCGGAGAAGACCCGAUUAAGUACUGGCUCAGAAACCUCAGAUUCCGGACGUGGUUCUGAUGAGAGGAGAAGCUCUGCAAGUGAACAGGCGACGAGUGGCGAACAUGGCUGUGUGGUGAACUCUGUUGUCGAGGAGAAUGGUGUUUCGGCGAUGUCCUCAACGAAAGAGGAAUCGGUUUCUUGUGAGGACUCGGAACCGGCAACAGAGCAUACUUCAUCUGAGCGGAAUUCAGUAGUCGAUGACAAGGAAGGCCUGGCACCUGAGUUGGCAUCGACAUCGAUCGGCUCCGAGGGCACCGACGUCAUAGUUGAUGGACCAUCCACGUCUUCUGGUACGAAUGAGGAUGCACAAGGGGACCCAAAUACGACUCCGUCCACAGUUGCCCUCGAUGCGAAAGAAACGAAAACUGCGUCUGACGAAGGAGCAGCCUCACCCGAGGAGGCUACAAAAGAGAAGGCGGAUACGAGCACAAACAGUGAAGGCGAUGGCUCGCGAAAGUCGCACUACUUCAAAAACGUGCUUCAGUCGCCUGUGUUUAAAUCGCCAAUGCGCCUAGGCUCCGUUAUUAAGCCUCCGGUUGCUCCUCCAGCACAAGAUUCGAGUGGUUCGCAGGCAAAUGGAGAAGGCCAACAGCGCAACUUGUUCGGCUGGAACAAUGUGUUUAAACGUCUACGGAAAUCUCUUGUAGCGACACAGAACGAGAAAACGGACAAGAAGGUACUGGCGUUGAGUAACGAGGCUUAUGCUGCACCAAACGUGGCACCACGCCAGUCAGACGUGUUUGUAGUGGACACAUCUCGUGGUGAGGACAUAACAACGUUUGUGAAUCGCGAUGCAGGUGUGGUGGUUACCGAUGUUCCGGUAGCAUCAUCUAAGUCUUCCGAGUCAUCGGUGAAUGUUAUUACGUCAGGUUACAUGUACAAGAACAAGUAUCCCGAGACAGGCCACAAAAACGUGUGGGAGCGGUACUAUUUCGUUCUCAAUCGCUCGGACGGUUCGCUGAGCUACUAUAUAAGUGACGCUCACGCUAAGGACCGCACCUUCGUUCGUGGCACAUCGCGUCCGCUUACUGUUUCGGAAGGCCUCCCCAUGCAUGUGCAUGGCCAGCAUAAUGUGUUUGGAUUCCAAAUUAACACACAAGGCCAUGGCGCGUUCAUGGUGUUGGUAGACUCUAUUGACACUCGUCUCACGUGGCUAACAGAGGUCUUGGUCUGUGUAUCCAACGCCAAUCCGUCGCUUCCGCUUCCCAAGCAGCGUCUUUCGCUAUUGCCUGACGACGUACCAAAGCAGCGUUUGUCAGGGUCCAUGUGUUCGAUGGGCUCGCUGAAGUGCAGCAAGGAGGAGAUGAAGGAGCUGGUAGUGGAAUUUUACCGCAACUUGUUUGGCCCUACGCUGAAGUUUUCGUCGCCGUUGGAUGCACCGGCGUCUUUUUGGAUGGAAGAGAAAAUUGAUCCUGUCUCUGAGGGUUGCGUGCUGAGUUCUAAUUUGCCCGCCUGUGUACCGUAUUGGGGCGAGUUUCAUGGCUACAAGCGGCUAUGUGACUACUGGAAGAUUCGUGACGAAACAGUGGAGCGUAGUAGUGGACGGGUGCUCCGUGUCUUGGUUGACGAGGAUGAGGAGACAGCAGUAGUGAUGACAUCUACGACAUUUCGCAUUCUGCGCAACAGCGAAAUCAUAACUGAAGAGUCAUGCGAUAUCGUGAGUAUGAGUGCCGGUAGCAUCGUAAGCAUCCACUGCACCUUUGACUCGCACCGCAUUGCGCAAGCUUUUGAAAAGGAAGGUAUCAGCGCGUCGUAG